CUCCGCACCCUACAAUUUCCUGACGAACUGAGGGCCACAGGAAGCAUUUUCCCGAGGGAGGACGUGGGUGGGUGAGUGCUUCUCUAUGUUGCCCAGACCACUGGUGCUCCACACGCCGCCAGCAAUACACCACUCCCCGUCACCUAGCAGAAAUGUGUGUUGAUGUCCGUUUGGUCUGCGUGUGGGUGACGGUGAUGGCAGUCGUGUAUGUAACAGCGGCUGUUGGGCCUCGUCGGCCGAACAAUAACGACAUCGACAGUGUUAAUGACAGAAACGAUUACUUAACCGAGGAAUUGGGCUUGGCAACAUUUGGUCCUGCUCUCCUGCAGGAGUUACACACCAUCACCGAUCUGGUUUUGAGUAUUAACAAGCAAACAGCCAAGCCGCCGCACCUACCGGAGCUUCCACCUGUGGUCCAAGACUGUUCCUCACUGCGUCUGGCGGGGAUAAGGGGCAGCGGAGUGUACCACGUGUUCCCGUUCACUUUCAAAGUGUACUGCGACAUGGUGAAACACGGGGGGGGUUGGACAGUCAUACAACGCAGACAAUCACAAAAAGUGCAGGAAAACUUCACAAGAGAAUGGAGUUCCUACCGGGAAGGUUUCGGGGAGUUGAGGGGAGAAAUGUGGCUGGGUCUGGAGGCCCUGCACCUGCUCACACACUCCGCCCACUACGAGCUGAGGGUGGACAUGGUCGACUAUGAGCUGGGACGCAAAUACGCCCACUACCAGGUUUUCCAAGUGGGUCCGGAGAAGGACGGUUACCGCUUAUUGGUGGCCAACUACUCAGGUGACGCAGGCGACGCGCUCUCGCGCUACCACUCUGGGCGUCGCUUUUCAACCUUUGAUCGUGACCAGGAUAUGACCCGAAAUAAAAGUUGUGCCCAGGACAAGGAGGGAGGCUGGUGGUUCGACGCCUGCUACUCUGCACAUCCCAACGGCCACUUCCCUGCCACGCUUGGGCGGAGGGACAGUAAGAACAUCCGUUGGUGGAAGUCUCGUGAACAGGUACUCGUCCUCACUUACAUUGAAAUGAAAAUUCGCCGACGGGCCACACGUGACGCUACGGUGGUGAGGGACGAGGACGUUGCAGACUCGAACGGCGAUCAGCAUGACCAAGGCCUUGACCAAGACGAUGACCAAGGCUUAUAUGCCGAUAAAGAGAACGUAGAUUACAAGUUUGAUGACUACCUGGCACACAACAACCAUUCUGGUCUAGAGGGCCGCUCGGACACUUUACCUUGGGAACUGCAAGUUGACUAGUUUUCUUACCAUUUAUUGUUGUUGUUGACUAGUUUUCUUACCAUUUAUUGUUUAUUAUUAUUAUUAUUAUUAUUAUUACUAUUAUUAUUAUUAUUAUUAUUAUUAUUAUUAUGCAUCAACUGAUUAUUUUGCAGCUUAUGUUCUAAUACUUUAAUAAACCACAAAUGAAUUAUUCGUAUAAAUCAUAUACUAAUAAUAUGUGCAAUAGAUUCAUACAACAAUAAUAACAGAUGCAAUAAAUUUACACAGAGUUUGUGGAUGGGAUAAUUAUUUGGCAGAAGACGCUUUGCACUAGUUCUUAACUGAUAAAGAAGCAAUUAGAUCUUUACAGAAUAAAA